AGGUGCAGCGAAGCAACGAGACUACGGAUUAAGGAUUGAGGACUAGGGCUAAUGCUACAGCCAGCUAGUAGGCGUUUCGAAAGGGAUUUCUGCGUCAAACUUUGACAACUGGAAUGACAACUAGUAAUGAACAUUCAUGUGCUGCUCGCGUUGGUGUUUUUCCUGACGCCGGGAGGUUGUCCCAUGUACAGCAUCGACCUCUCCACGCUGGAGGUGCCAAAUGACUUCCAGGACGAGCUCACGCUCCAGUCCAUGCUCAAUUCGGAGCUGGAGCAGUCGCGGAACGACCUGAACGGCAACCAAGCGUCGCCGUGGCAGAGAUCCGUCCCGGAUGACCCUCCAGGCAGGCACAGGGGCAAAAGACCCCGAGUGGCACCCAGGGAGGAACUCCUGCCAGAGGUAUCCCACAGGUCCGCCAACAACAAAGCGAAAGAGCUCUUCCUCGGCACCAAUCUGUUCGGCAGCAGCACGAGGAAGUGCUUCUCCGCGGAGGAGAUCGCGCUGAUAGCCGCCCGCAGGGACUUUGAGUCGCUGCUGCCCAAGUCCUUCCCCAGCAGCCUGCUCUGCGACAGCGUCAUCCAUAUGCUGAUGAAGUACUUCCACACGGUCAACCGGAUCAUCAAGAGCAAGGCCAAGGACGAGGCGAGGAUGGUGCUGCAGCGGGCCUACUACGAUGCGCUGGGGGGAUACCUGCGCUACUACCUGGUGCCGGUGGCCCAGAUCUCCUUCUACGCCGGCCGCCUCAAGCUGAACACGACGGAGCGGCUGGUGAGCCUCUACCAGCAGUGCCGGAUCGUGCUGAACACCAACGGCAAUGGCUGGCGGACGCCCAUGGUGGACGUUUUCAGCCAGCUGAAGAGCGUUCGAAUCAGACCCGUGAGGCUGCCCGCUGCCCCGAAGGAGGGGGACGAUGACGCGCUCAGCUGUGCGCUGCUCGAGCAGAGCUCCGGCUGCAAGGAGGCGCAGAACGACCAGAUGAUCGUCCCGCUGCCCCGCCUUGAGGCCGUCGACGGGAACGGGCACCUCACCCUUAUCUACCUGCCGCUGAAGCAGCGACGCAUCUACAACCUGCGCUGCCCCCAGUCGGCCUUCGUGCUGGUGAAGUUCUUCCAGACGGUGACCCAGUGCUACCGCUUCCAGGGCAUGUGCCAGAGGACGUACAACAGGAAGCUGCGCAACUGGAUCCGCGAGAGCCUGCAGCUGCACUACAGAGACGAGGUCUUCUAUCCCGGACUGGGCGGCGUCCUGCAGGUCUACGAGAUGCUCAAGAUCGAAGACCAGAGCAAAGCGAAGCAGCCUGUAGGCGAGGGCGAGGGCGAGGAGGAGCAGUGUUUCAGAGGCUAUCAGCAAACAACGGAUGAUGUCACGGACACCGGAAGAGUGGCAGUCGCAGGAGCUGGGGAUGGGACAGGAGACAACUGCCUCAAGCAGAGUCGUUCCGCGAACACCAAAAAGCAGGAGGAAGAUAAAGCGGAGAAACACUACAACAAGGAUGGAGAGGAGUGCCGGGAGUGCGAUGAUGAUCCCUCAGCCGCAUUCGUGGCAUGGUUGGCUCUGUUUCUGGUCAUGUUCUUGCUAUUCCUUUUGCUGCUCAUUUACUGCUGCAUGAAGAAGAGUCGCAAGCCGCAGAUCACCCCGAGGCCCAACCGUAGGAGAGUGCCGGCAGAGCAAGAGCCGAAAAGUACGAAAAUAGCCAUCGACUCGAACCCCUCGAUGCCCCGGAGAAUGGCCAUCCACGGAUCCUACUACUCGUCGCCCAUUGAGAUCAGUCAAUCGGAAAAGUCCCCCCAAGGCAAUGACAAUGACUUCCGAAGGUUCCUCGAUGAGUCACACACCUCCACCUCCUCGCUGGCCUGCCAAUUCAACAGAAAGUGCCUGCCCGUGAAGUUCUCCCGCAGCUCCCCGGACCAGUACUACCCCAAGAAGAAGCGCCAGCCCACCACCAAGUUGUUCAAGCAAAAGGUCACUCAAGCGUUCCAUCCCCUAGACACUGACGACUCCGAGCUGCAAUCGGAUGCAGCUACCCCAGGUCCCUCGCCCAGAAGAAAACCUCCUUCGCCUGCCGGCAAGGAGGAGGCACUGGAUCAGGGAAGAUACACAAUGCCCACACUGGAGUCGUAUCGAACCAAUACCACAGAAACUGAGCGCACGGACAGGGCCCCGGAGAAGCAGAAGGUGGCCAGGCGGUGUGACAAGGAGCGAUGUGAGGGCUUCAAGCAGACCGAAAAACAUGAGAAGGAACCCGAGAAGCAAAAGCCGUCCAAGCGGUGUAGGGAAGACCGGUGUGAGAAGGAGCCAAAGGAGACCAAACGAAAGGAGAAACCUCCGGAGAAGAGCAAAAGAAAAGAAAAAAAGUUGGAGACCGACACGGGCCAGGAUGAGCGACGAAAGCCCAGCAAGAAGUCCGAUCCGAAAGCAGAGCCCACGGAGACACGGCUAUCAGGAGGAGGCUGUAAUGUGAGGGGUCCACCGAAGGACUCGCCAGGAUGGGAGACGAUUUUUGAGGAUUCAAGCAUCGUAGAAGGAGGUUCCAUCUGAUUGUCAAAUUAAAAUUUUUUGAUUUUCGUUUCUGUUUUAUGAAUUAAAUUGAGUUGAGUUAACUA